AUGACAAACUUUAUUUCAAUCCACCUAUUUCACUCUUCUGCUCGCCGCUCCAAUUCGUUUCCACACCAAGUUCCAAGGUCCAUCCUCUCCCAAGGAGGAGCCAACAAGCGCGCUCCAGCAACUACCAACAACGAUGACGGAGCAAGCAAUGAGUUGCUCGUGAAACUUGAGGCCAUGAGGCGUAGAGUCCGAAACACCGAAGAUGCCGAAGAUGAGGAGGUAGAUGACAAGCUACAAUCCAGUUUGGCGAGUGGAAAGAAGGAAAAGCAGACUGAAGUGGAGGAAGACGGACGACAACAGCAGGAGCAGGCGCAUCACACAGAGCAAGUCAGAUUGGUAGGUUUGCCUAUUUAA